AUGGUUUCAGGCCCUCCACACUGGUGGCCACCACAUGGAAAUAUUAAGGUGAAAUGUCCAUAUAAGAAAGUAGACUUCAGUUGGUUCCAGGGAACAGUGAAUCCCUGCCCUGGUUUAUACCAACCCAUCUGUGGCAACAAUUUGAUAACCUAUGACAACCCAUGCAUCUUGUGUGUUGAGAGUAUGAAAUCUCGGGGGAAAAUCAGAUUUCUACAUGAUGGACAAUGCUAG